AUGGCUGGCCCAGGUGGUGGUCCUCCUCGACGCAGUCACACCAAGUCCCGCAAGGGCUGUGACAAUUGCAAGCGCCGGCACAUCCGAUGUGAUGAGAACUUCCCUCAAUGCCGCAACUGCACCAAGCACAAAGUUCGAUGCCCAUACAACGACGUUCCCGUUCAGGACGACAGGUCUGCUACACCUGACAAGCCGGAUCUGAUGUGGAAUUCAGAGAUCGAGGCAGCCAUCGAACAGUGGCAGCGCACCGGCAUCUUCCCCUUCCCGAGUCUCAACAUCUACCCCACGCCUGCUCCUCACUGCUUCUCGGUUGAGGACCUCAGGUUGAUUUUCCACGUUGCCGCCAUCUGCCACGAGCUCGGUACCAUCGACGCCAAUGGUUUCACGCUGUGGACCCGGCAAAUCCCUACUAUCCUCAAGAUUGGGGCGACCAACGGCUACGUCAUGCAUGCGCUGCUUGGCUUCUCUGCCAUGCACAUUGCCUUUCUGACAGACUGCCCGAUGGUGGGCAACAUGGCGUAUGAGCAUCGCGGCAUUGCGCUCAAGGGCCUGCAGGAAGCCAUUGGCUCGUUUUCGCGCGAGACGUCGGACGCUAUUCUAGCAGCCUCGCUUGUGCUCUCGUGGCAAGCCACAGAUUGGCGAAGCUGGACCCAACUCAUGCAAGGGACCUCGUCGGUGAUCGACGCCAUGGAUCCGUGGAAGCACGAGUCCCAAUUCGGGGAGUUCAUCGCCGAAAGCAGCACGUUUCCCACCGCCCCCCCCUCGCCCAGCCCGGACCACAAGCCCAACCAGCCGCGAAAGGAGGAUCUCGACGCCUUCCAGCGCACCAUUAACCAACUCUCCAGGGUCGAGGCUCACCUCAAGCACAAUAAGGAGGACACCAAGCUCGUUCAACAGCUUGUAUCCUUCCUCAAGGGUGCCAAAAAGGUCAGCCCCAUCCAGUCGGUGUCGCAGCAGUUUGACCGGCUUCAGCCUCUGCGGACCUGGCUCUUCUGGCUGCCCGUCAUGUGCCUGAAGCAGAAUGGGACGUCGCCUAGCGCCCUGAUCAUCAUCGCACAUUACUACACGGCAGCUCUGCUGAUGGAGAGGCUCUUCCCCGAGAUUGGUGCCGCCUACUUUGGCAGCCUUUCGAUUGGUCCAGUUGAGGAAAUUGCGCGACGGCUGCUGUCGAUCAACGUUUCCGGGAGUCUCGAAGGCGACCUGCAGACGCCAUUGACGCUCAUGGAAUUCCCCAUCGACACGGUUAACGAGUUCCGUCAAAGAAUGGGCUGGCUCCAGCCUACACGCACGCCGUCGUUCCCGCAGUUUAACCCGCCCAACUUCUACGUGGCGGACAAUAUGUCGCAAGGCACCCCGCCCUCGACCACCUCGUAUCUGCCCUAUGGCGACAACCCGGCUUUCAGCUGGAGCACCGAGGAUCUGUCGACGGGCAUGCUGGCACCCGAGCAUGAGCAGCAGCAGCGGCAACAUCAGCAGCAGCAGCCUGGCAGUGCAGUUAGCCCCUUGGCCCUGUCGUCGCCCUUUACCGGCCAACAGUAUCUCAACAUCCCCUCGCCAUCCUACGGGGGAUACAGUCCGGCUUCGUCGACAUUUGGGGAGGGGUCAAUCGUGUACAGCGACAAUGAAGAUUUUGGCUCCUACGAUCAGGGCUUCACGGGGUAUCCGCCUCUGGGCUCAACGGGAUCCAGCAACUAUGGCGUCGGGUUUGUCUCUCCAAUCCAAACCGUGUGGAUCUAA